ACAGUCUGGUGUUUAUCCGCGUCUCGCUCACACCGACCGCGUCGCGUCGCGCUUCUGAGGUGCACUCGCUAUUCCUAUUAUUUUCGUGACGGGUAUUGCGCCGAAGCCGAUUCCCGCAUCCUCGCCCCGAGACGUGAAGUCCGGUCUCGCGGUGGAGGCGGCCGUUCGCAUCGUACGCUAGUCCACGCCCGAGGCUGUCCCGUCGCGCGGGUCGCGGCUAAUGGAACGUUUGUUUUGCUCGGUCCCUCUUGUUAUACACGAAAAUAAUGCGUCACGUCGCAUGGAUCGACUCAAUGUUACGUGUGCGCUACGGAUCCGUUCGACUCAGUGACCGAUAAUGUUAUUUGGUUCCGUAUAAAUAAUUGGAAAGUUGAUGUGUCUGUGGUGGUGACAGUGUGUGGAUUGUGCCCCGGGUGUGCUGAUGCUACACGUGAAUGUGGAUGGGCAUAGUGGAGUUGGAAGAUGCAUUUCAAAGAGUCGUUUGCAAUGAGCGAUCGUCAGAACGAGCGCGGCCGCCGCAACUCUCGCUGCAAGGGCGCUGGCGUCAAAAUGGAGCACUUCCAGGCGGCGCUGGAUCCUCGCAAGCAGGAGCUGCUGGAGGCUCGCUUUCUAGGCGCCAAGGUGAGCGCGGGGGCGGUACUGGUUGAAAGCCAGCGAGUAACCGAGUUCAAACCGAUGUCAGCUGGCUCACAAAUUCAAAUGGCACCUCAAACUACUGUCAACACGGGCCAGCCAGUACAUAAUAAUCAGGACUCCAAUAUGAGCACAGGAUCAUCUCAUAGUGAUAAAGAAGUAGAUGCAUUAACUCCUGAAAAGUCAGCUGCUAUGAGAGGUUCUGCAACUGUACCAGGCAGUGCUUUAGUGCCACCGAGUGGAGCUACACCUACUAUAGCAAUGCCAGAAAGGAAAAGAAAGCGAAAAGGUGAGGAAGGUGUUGGCGGGGGUGGGGGUGGUGGUAAGCAAAGAAACAAUUCUGAUAAGAACAUUCGUGAAUAUUUCUCAAAGCACCCAUCGUCCAGUCCGGUACGGCACACCGGGGCGAAGUCACCGUCGCCGCAAAGCGCCAAUUAUCCUAUGUACCCACCGUCACCAUCAUCAAUAUCAUCAAUAUUGGCUCCGGGAGCUGAUUACUUACGUUCCGCCUCGCAACAGCGACCUCACCCUUCUGUUAAACAGAUUCAGACAGAACUGACAUGUCAGAGGAUACAAGAGUUAGAAACUCAGGCUUCGUCUGACUUAGAGCUAAGAAAUAAUAAAAUAGAUGAAUUAACAAGGAGUAAUGAAGAGUUGCAGCUUCAAGUUCAAGCGCAGAAUAAGGCUAUCGAUCAACAUAAAUCACAUAUUAAUAAAUGUAUAGAGGUUGUAAAAAAGUUAUUAAAUGAGAAGAGUACUAUUGAAAAGAAAGAGGCUCGACAGAGAUGUAUGCAAAACAGAUUAAGGCUGGGGCAAUUUGUGACUCAGCGAGUUGGUGCUACUUUCCAAGAGAACUGGACUGACGGAUAUGCAUUUCAAGAACUAACAAGGCGGCAAGAGGAGAUAACGGCUGAGAAAGAGGAGAUCGAUCGGCAGAAGAAACUCCUGAUGAAGAAGCGGCCGUCCAACAGUGAGGGCAGAGGCAAACGAACGUCCAGCGUGGCGGCGCCUACGACGCCCCAGCCUCUUCACAACGGCACCGACCCGCCCACCUUCCUCAAGCCCGACCCUCUGCCCAGUCUCAACUGGCAGGAGUACUACGAGGCCGACGAGAUCCUCAAGCUAAGACAAAGCGCGUUGAAAAAGGAAGAUGCAGAUUUGCAGCUCGAAAUGGAGAAAUUGGAGAGGGAAAGAAAUCUUCACAUCAGGGAAUUGAAGAGAAUACACAAUGAAGAUCAGAGUAGAUUCUCACAACAUCCAGUGCUGUCUGAUAGAUAUCUGCUGCUAAUGUUGUUGGGCAAGGGUGGUUUUAGUGAGGUUCACAAGGCCUUUGACCUUAGAGAACAGCGCUACACCGCCUGCAAGGUUCACCAGCUCAACAAGGAUUGGAAGGAGGACAAGAAGGCCAACUAUAUCAAACAUGCCCUCCGGGAGUACAACAUUCACAAGGCCCUUGACCACCCUCGGAUCGUGAAGUUGUAUGAUGUUUUCGAAAUCGAUGGAAAUUCAUUUUGUACAGUGCUCGAAUAUUGCAAUGGCCAUGAUCUUGACUUCUAUCUUAAGCAGCAUAAGACAAUACCGGAGCGAGAAGCUAGAUCAAUAGUGAUGCAAGUGGUGUCCGCUCUAAAAUAUCUAAAUGAGAUAAAGCCUCCAGUGAUACAUUAUGACCUCAAACCGGGAAAUAUAUUACUCACUGAGGGUAAUGUCUGCGGAGAGAUCAAAAUCACUGACUUUGGCCUCUCAAAAGUGAUGGACGAGGAGAACUAUAAUCCCGACCAUGGAAUGGAUCUCACCAGCCAAGGGGCUGGUACCUAUUGGUAUCUGCCCCCUGAGUGCUUCGUGGUCGGCAAGAAUCCGCCAAAGAUAAGCAGCAAGGUAGACGUGUGGAGCGUAGGUGUAAUCUUCUACCAAUGCCUCUAUGGGAAGAAGCCGUUUGGACACAACCAAAGCCAGGCGACUAUCCUCGAGGAGAACACUAUUCUAAAGGCAACGGAAGUACAGUUUGCCAAUAAGCCCACUGUCAGUAAUGAGGCUAAGAGUUUCAUCCGCGCCUGCCUGGCCUACCGCAAAGAGGAGCGGAUCGACGUGUUCGGGCUGGCGCGGCACGAGUAUCUCCAACCGCCCAUGCCCAAGCCCCGGGGCGCCCCCGGCAACACCCACGCCCACCAACCGGCGUUCCCGCCCUCCAUGUACGCCAGCUCCUCUUCCUAGCCGAAGCACCGCCGCCGCGCCGCCAAGAGAUAGGCCUGCAGAGUGACUCUCACCGCCGCCGUCUCUCCGCCCGAAUCGGGGGAAGGGAGGCGGCUGAACGGUUCCGACUGAGAAGUUACUGAAAUUACAGUACGAAAGAAUACAGUCGCCGGGGACGCAUUCCCGAACGCCGGGUCAAUGCGAGCCUCAUUUUCAAUACUUUGAUUUUUGAGAAUAAUUUAAUUUUUACACUGUAUUUUGUCAACUGUAAUUUUUUGAAAAUACAGUAACUAUAGUUGUCCAGCGAGUCCCAAAGUGGACCGCUGGCGAGCACUCUUGUGCGGGUAUACGACGUGUACACGGCGGACUGACUGAGUUAAACUUGAGUGGUAGUGAAGUGCUAUAAUCGCUGAGCUGACUUUUGUGAGCUUUCACGUGGACGUCGAAGUGCGAACUGUAAAUAGAAUCUCCCGCGUCCACGAGACUAGUGUCGUCGAGUGAAGUGCUUGGACAUCAUGUUGAAGCUGUCAGGAGUGGGAAGUGAUAUUCUCGGGACUUGGCCUACGCCCACCGCCCGGCCUCAGUGUGUGUAAUCGAAACGGUGACGAUAUGAAGAAGAUCGAAUGUCUUUCCUGUUUUAUAAUUAAAUCGAGUGUCGAGUGACCGUUUGGUUACACACUCUGUGACUCCGACUGCAGCGGAACUCGGAGAUGACUAUUUUAAAAAUAAAAUUGUUUAACAUUAUGCUUACUGUUGACUGUAUUUAUUGAGGUGAUAAAAUGUGAUUCUCCAUUUCUUGAAUGGUGUCAUCCUUAUCACUAGAGAGGAUCCAUGGGAAUAUCCCUUGCAUAUUAUAUAAGUUAUCCCUAUUAAAAAAGUUAAAAUAUU